AUGGAAGAAAUAGCAAAAGUAACUACCUACAUGAGCGAUGUAAUGAAAAUUUUAUUAAAAUUACUAUAUUACAAUCAUUACAGGAGCAGUAGGAACAUCCUCUACUUGAGUGAUUCCACAGGUAGUACGAUUCUUGAAGUGACAGUAAACAUGACGAAUGUAAUAUGGACAUUUCAAAGAGAAGAAGAAUGUUUUAUUGUCAAAGGUAUAGUAUUUUAUCCUGGUGCACAUUUAUAA